ACCAAUAGGUACUGUUUGACAUUUCCUAAUUGACAAUCAAUCAAAAAUCAUGGCUCCAAAGCCGCACCUCACGCCCGAGGAGCGCAAGGAGCUGCGCGCCCUAAAGAAGGCUGAGAAGAAGCAGAAGCGGCAGGAGAAAAAGAAGCAGCUGAAGCGGGAGCUACUGACCCGCGAGAUAAAUUAUGGGGCAGUAACGCUGAAGCGGCAAGAGAAGACCUGGAGACAGCUGCUGAUUGGGCUGAAAGUGCCCGAGAUGCGUAAAGACCUGGAGUUUGCCUGGCACCACUUCGAGCGACUAGUGGACUGCAAAGACUUUGCCAUCUCCCUUUUGUUAGAUGAGCUGGACAAGGCUAACGGCCAGUACUUCUUGAACAUGAAGACGCACUCCGAGCACAUUGACCAGCUGCUGCAGAUGUUCGCCGAUCAAGUGCAGCAGCUGCAGCAGGACUACAGCAACCAAGCCGAAGAGCUGGAAAAGGAACACCAGUUCAACGCCGACCAACUGGAGGCUGGUAGUAGUGAAGAGGAAAACUAUCUGAAGACCGUCCUCUACAUCCUGCAGCUCGAAAUGAAAGAGGUGAAGCGCACCAGACAUGCGGAGUACUUCUCCAAGCUGGAAGAGCAGGACUCAAAGCAGCACCAGCUGGUGCAACGCAUGAAGGGCAUACUGGAGCAGCUGCACCUGCAGGUUUGGACCGACACCGUCCAGUUCCUGCAAAGGCACCAGAACAGUAUCAAGGAGCGGAAGAAAAUACACCUGGAAAUGAAAAGCGAAGACGACAAGCUGCAGUUGCUCAUCAGGAACCAGUUGGAGCACAUCCGCUCUUCCCACAAUACGAUCCGCAGCCUUAAAGUGAAAGAAGCUGAGCUGGAGAAGUUCUUGGGCAGACACGUGGCGGACUUGCAGUCUGAGUUUGACUUCUUUACUUUUGCCUUCAACAGCCUGAAAACCAAGCUAACCAAGGACAGAAGGUUGGAUUUCCAGAAGCUCAACUGCUUGACGAUCCACUAUAAUGAAGUGAUCGCCUACAUGGAGAGCUUGGAAGCGAAAGGCAAGCACAUCCUCCACGUCGGUUCAGUGUGUCGGAAACUGGAGACGGUGAAGGAAAAAAUUCUACCAUUUCCAGCCAACUUUGUCAACGAAAUGUCCAAGCCCAGUGUGAGCGAAGUCAGUGAGUACAUGGAGGCCUUGGAGCUUUUCUGGCAGAGAGUGGGCAGGGCCGAUGCCGCCCGUUACGGCGUCAAUGAAGAACGCGAGUUUCUCAUCACAGAGAACGAGAUUCUGAAGCGGCGUCUCCAUCAAUACUGCCAGUGCUUGAAGUGUCCAGACUUCCAGCCCUUCCAGACCACAUCUAGGCCCUGUCGCACUAUCACGGAGGGCGUUCUCGAGUUGAAGAAGUACAACAAACACGGCGUUUGUCAGACCCAGUUCGCGAAGGACGAAAGCGAGCCCACCUCUACUCUGGAUUCGGUCAGCUGGAAUGAUGCCAGUUCGCCCUUUAAGUAGCUCAAUAAAAACUGGUUGUAAUAGUU